AUGAAGGCACCCACGGUUAUCCUUCUCGUUCUACUUUCCCUACAUAUCAUCACCGCUCAAUCAAGGGGCAAAAACGUAACUUCAAACUACAGUCUAACCAAACACUCACCUCUAGACUCCGGCGGUACUCCGGCCAUUAUGACAAUCAACAGCUUUGAGAAGGACGGAGAUGUUGGUGGGCCGUCGGAGUGUGACGGGGAAUACCACUCGAAUAACUUUUUGAUUGUGGCAUUAUCGACAAGGUGGUAUAAUAAAGGGGAAAGUGCACGAGCUAUGCUGGUCGACGAGUGUGACUCAAAUAGGGGUUGUCGUGAUAAUAUUGUGGAUGCAUCUUACGCCGUUUGGCUAGCUCUCCAGGUGUCGCAAAGUGAUUGGGGGCAAACAGAUAUUACAUGGUUUGUCAUAACGAGAUGGAAAGAAGACGUUGGAGAUUCCAUCAUCGCCAGAAACUGUAGUGCUUCUAAGGUUGCAGGGACUGGAGGGAGGCAGAGCUCGGCAGUCGGCAAGGAGGAGAUGGAGGCUGAGGUGGACUCAGUAUAA